UUAGGUAUAGGAUAUGCCAUCUGUGUCAUCGCUCUGUACGUGUCCUUCUACUACAACACCAUCAUUGCCUGGGCCCUCUUCUACUUCUACUCCUCCUUCUCCAGCAUCUUGCCUUGGACAAACUGCGACAACGUGUGGAACACCCCCGACUGCACCAACUACUUUGGCACGGACAACGUUACUUGGACCAAUUCCUCCAGGUCCCCGGCAGAGGAAUUUUACACGAGAAACGUCCUGGAGAUCCACAAGUCUUCGGGGCUGAGAGACGUCGGGGGUGUUCGCUGGCAGCUCAUGCUUUGCCUCUUUCUCAUUUUCACCAUUGUUUACUUCAGCCUCUGGAAGGGAGUGAAGACAUCAGGGAAGGUUGUGUGGGUGACCGCCACUUUGCCCUACAUCGUGCUUUUCAUCCUGCUGAUUCGAGGCGCCACUCUGCCAGGAGCCUGGAGGGGGGUGGUGUUUUAUCUGAAACCUCAGUGGGACAAGCUGCUGGAGACCAGCGUUUGGGUGGAUGCUGCUGCUCAGAUCUUCUUCUCUCUGGGUCCAGGGUUCGGGGUCCUCCUGGCUCUCUCCAGCUACAACCCUUUUACAAAUAACUGCUAUCGGGAUGCCAUCGUGACCAGUCUGGUGAACUGUCUGACCAGCUUCGUGUCCGGUUUUGUCAUCUUUACCGUUCUGGGCUACAUGGCAGAGAUGAGGAAGGUAGAAGUCGAGGAUGUUGCCAGAGAUAAAGGACCAAGCUUACUCUUCAUCACAUACCCAGAAGCGAUUGCAAACAUGAUGGGCUCUACUUUUUUUGCCAUCAUCUUUUUUGUGAUGAUGAUCACCCUGGGCCUGGACAGCACGUUUGGAGGACUGGAAGCAAUCAUCACGGCGGUGCUGGAUGAAUACCCAGAUUAUUUAUCUCACAGACGUGAACUUUUUGUUCUGUGCCUGGUGGUGGUCUGUUUUUUGGGCUCUCUAAGCACCCUUACAAAUGGUGGUGCCUAUGUGGUGAAGCUGCUGGAGGAGUUCGGAGUAGGAUGCUCGAUUAUUGCAGUGGGUUUCCUUGAGGCCAUUGCAGUUUCCUGGUUCUACGGGAUCAAAAGGUUCAGCAGUGAUGUUCAGGCAAUGCUGGGCCAAGCCCCGGGAUUAUUCUGGAGAGUGUGCUGGGUUGCCAUAAGUCCAGCAUUUCUGGCAUAUAUCAUAGUGAGCUCCCUGCUGAAAACGCCGCCCCUCACGCUGUUUGAUUACAAAUACCCAGACUGGAGCAUCACAGUUGGGUACAUUAUCGGCUUCUCGUCCUUCAUGUGGAUCCCCAUCUACAUGGUCUACAAGCUGGUGUGGACCCCAGGUUCUCUGAAACAGAGGUUGGCGGUGUGUCUGAGACCAGAGAGGACCAUCCCUGACGUCCGUGCAGACGACCUCAACAUGUCCGCUGCGUCACAGAAAGACAUAAACAACUCCGUGUGCUUGUAA